UGUCAACAGAUGGUUAGGAGGUUAGCAUUGAGAUCUUCAUCAUGGUUUCCAGGUCCUACAUGGUCCAAUUUCUCGGCUUUACUUUUGUGCUUCACCAGUCUCUGACCGCAGUCUUCCUAAAUCAGGAAGAAGCGAAUAGUAUCUUGAAAAGAGAAAGAAGAGCUAACUCUUUCCUUGAAGAGUUGAGAUCAGGCUCUCUGGAGAGAGAAUGCAUUGAAGAAAAAUGUUCAUUUGAGGAAGCCAAGGAAAUCUUCAAGAGCAAUGAAAGAACUAAACAAUUUUGGAUUCAGUACAAUGAUGACAACCAAUGUGCUUCAAACCCCUGCCAAAAUGGAGGAACCUGUACUGACGACUUCCAAUCCUACAUCUGCUUUUGCCCUAUGGAGUUUGAGGGCAGGAACUGUGAAACAAGCAAAGACAGCCUGCUAAUCUGCAGAUACGACAACGGAGGCUGUCAGCAAUACUGCACUGAUAAUCCUGAAACCAUACGCCAAUGCCAUUGUGAGGUGGGCUAUGCUCUGGCCCCAGAUGGGAUAUCCUGCAGUCCAGUAGUUGACUAUCCCUGUGGGAGAAUACCAGUUUUGGAAAAGAGAAAUGGAAGUAUGCCAGAAGGCAGAAUCGUAGGUGGUUACGCAUGUCCUAAAGGAGAAUGUCCAUGGCAGGCUCUGAUAUUGCUGAAAAAUGAAUUGCUGUGUGGUGGCACUCUGCUUACUGAUACAUGGGUUGUCUCUGCAGCUCAUUGCUUCGAUAAAUUAUCUCGUCGUUUUUGGGGGGACCUAACAGUGGUGCUCGGUGAGAAUGAAAUAAACAAAGAAGAAGGAACGGAACAAAAGAGCCAGGUUGCUGAUAUUAUUGUUCACGAAUGGUAUGUUCGGUUGAAAAUCAACCAUGAUAUUGCCCUGAUACGUCUGCAAAGGCCCAUAAAUUUCACAGACUACAUCGUGCCCCUCUGCUUGCCUGAGAGGAGAUUCUCUGAGGACCACCUGGCCUCUAUCAGGUUUUCCUCAGUAUCUGGCUGGGGCCAGCUCCUGGACAGGGGGGCCACAGCUUUAGAGCUCAUGAUGAUUGAAGUACCCCGCAUAAAGACCCAGGACUGUCUCCAGCAAAUAAAGAGAACAUCCUUAACACCUGAAAUUACUGAGAACAUGUUCUGUGCAGGCUUCCUAAAUGGAACUAAAGAUUCCUGCAAGGGAGACAGUGGUGGGCCCCAUGCCACCAAAUACAAGGGCACUUGGUAUCUAACAGGGGUUGUCAGCUGGGGGGAAGGUUGUGCAUCUGUGGGCCACUAUGGAAUUUACACAAGGGUCUCCAAAUACAUUGACUGGCUGAAUAAACACAUCAAUCCCUAAGUCUUCCUUUUCAAUUAGUUGACAUAAAUUCUUUCCUACUCUAAUGGCUUACUAAUAAGGUAUCUCUGGUUUUUUGGCAUUACCUUACCUGGAAUAAAAAUACCUACUGUUUUAAAUCAUUCUUUGCAACAAAUCCAAUUAUUUGGGGUGGGGUAGUAAAGGGAAGGGCUGUUUUCACAAAAUAUAACUGCCCAAUUAUAGGCUGAUUCUCUUUUAGUACUUGCAAAGCU